AUACGGCCCACUUGGUGGAUGUCUUUGUCUCAUUAUCUGCAACGUGCCCACCCACCAGUCCACCGCAGUCUCCUUGCUGUGAUUUGUUUGGCGUUUGCUUCUGCUGCUGCCACAUUGUUGAUUUGCUCCCAAUCCGCCGCCGCCGCCGCCGCCGUCGCCGUCGGCCUCGACGGUAGCCAGCUCCGACAGAAGGCUCCCCAUGCUAUCCCUCCCUCUGCAAUACUGUGGUUUUGCUCUGACUUCCAUCGGCUAGCCUAGGACUAGGAGCAACCCACCAUGGCCUCGCAGCCGUUGCUCUUCCGGUGGAUGCAACCCCACUGCUGACUGCAAGAUUGAUUUUUCGGUUUGCUUCUUCCGUUGGGACCCCACACAAUUGUUCAGUCCAGAAAAUGUGAGUUUGCUGCUCUGCAGUUUAUCAGGUCAAUUCAGAUGCCUCAAAAGGUGCCUCUCCCAUGCUAUCUCCAAUCUCCACCCUCGGCUCCACACCCUCGACAUUCUGCCGCCUUCUCCCGCAGCCUCCGCCCCUGCCGUCCCAAUGGUCCUCCCCCAGCCUUUGCCUCUGCCGAGUUCCCAGGUUCAGUUCCAGACAUCGCCCAGAUGCCACCACGCCGCCGCCACCGGAGUGUGGCCGGCAUUGACCAGGAUGACCUCCUAGACCCGGAUGCCCUUGCCGACCCGGACAGCAGCUUCUACGAGAUCAAUGGCAUAAGGGUCCACCACAAGGUUUGCACCCAUGAGGAUUCCAGUGACCAAUCUGCAGACUCUGCCAUCACAAACGCUGACCAAAACCAAAUUGGUUUGCCCAUAGUGCUAUUACAUGGGUUUGGCUCGUCGGUCUUCUCUUGGACCCACAUCAUGCGCCCUCUAGCCCGCAUUGCCGGUGCCAAGGUUCUUGCCUUUGAUCGGCCUGCCUUUGGUCUGACAUCCUGAACCAUCUGGUCUGGUGAUGACACCAAGCCUAUUAACCCCUACUCCAUGGUCAUCGCCACUUUGGCAUUCAUUGACCAACUCGGUGCCAAGAAGGCCGUCCUUGUCGGGCACUCAGCUGGUUGCCUUGUGGCAGUGGAGGCAUACUUUGAGGCACCAGAAAGGGUAGCUGCACUUGUGCUGGUUGCACCAGCCAUUUUUGUGCCAGUUUUCAGGAGGAAAGGUGUGAAGGAGUAUGGUGUAGGUGAACAAGAAUGGCAGAAUAAGAAGGAUUCUAAUGGUUCAAAUUUGCCUACAAAUCCACUCAAUAGGAUUUGGGGAAAAUUCCUCGAGCUAUGCUUGUGGAUUGCAGGGUUUCUUAUGAACAUGAUUAGGGCAAUAGGUAGUAUUGUUCGAUCUUUAUAUUGUAAAGCUGUUGUUGCUGUUCUUCGAUCAUCAGUUGGCGUGAGGCUGGUAAGAUUGGUCAUGGAUAAAUUUGGUAUAUUGGCUGUCCGUAAUGCAUGGUACGACCCAAGCAAAGUGACAGAUCAUGUCAUUCAAGGUUACACUAAGCCAUUAAGAUCCAGAGGUUGGGAGAUGGCUCUUUUGGAGUACACUAUAUCCAUGAUCAUGGAUUCUAUAUCAUCAUCGAAAGUGCCUGUCUCAGAAAGGCUUUCUGAGAUCUCGUGCCCAGUGCUAGUGGUGAGUGGAGACACUGAUCGCCUUGUUCCUCGUUGGAAUACCGAGCGCGUAGCACGUGCGAUUCCUGGUGCAGGAUUUGAGGUGAUCAAGAACUCUGGGCACUUGCCACAGGAGGAACGACCCGAAGAAUUCGUCUCUGUUGUGGAAAGGUUCCUAAGAAAAGCUUUUGGAAGACCCAGCGAGCAAGAGAAACUGUUCCAAGCAGCUGCAUGACACUACUACCUGCAGAUCCAGAUGAGAGUUAAGACUUAAAAAUUGACAGAUACAAGAGUGGUUUGAGUGAAGAGAAAACUAAUAGAUAGUGUAUAUAUAUAGGAAAAUAUAUAGUGAUGAACUCAUCGGGUUGCCUUCUUCUUUUCCUCAUUUUUCUGUGAAACUAGAACUCCCCAUGGUGUUUUCAGAACAGCUGUAUCUGUCACCUUCAUCUUUUGUUUAGUCUUUGGGACUUCCACCGUUUCACAUUAUAAGACGUUUCUGAGUUUUGAAUGGAUUCAUGAAUGGAUAAGGAGGGAGAAAUUAAAUCA